AUGAGCAGGCCCAACCUUGAGGAGUGGGUGAUGGAGGGGUGCCUGGAGGAGGAUGGGGAUGAGUCUCCAGACUCCCAGGACCAAGCCGCCGACUGGAGGUUUGCUGUGUGCCGUUUCAGGGAUGCCUGGGAUGAGGAGGAGCCUGCUCCCCAGGUGCAGGUUAAGGACCCCCCCAAUCCUCCAAGACCGCCAGGCGGGGCAGCUCAGGGGGAAGGGCUACAGGCCGGCCCCCUGUCUGGGGAGCUUCAGCCAACCCCAGGACGGGUGCCUGUAGAUGGGUCAGGGGAUGGCCAGAGGGGCGCGUUAGGAGGUCCCUCAGGCAAGUCCGAGGAACCGGUCCCCUCUGAAGUGAAGAGCCUCCUAUGCCACAUGGCCUCCCACCUCAGCCUGGCACAGGGCAGUGGUGCCAGCCAAGGGGGAGACUUGGCAGGGGACCCCGAUUCAGACAGGCUAAUGACAACUGACUUGGACCCUGGGGAGUCGGGCAGCGAUUCUGUGAACCUGGGAGGCCCGUUACCUGAGACAUCAUCACAGCUGCUGGCGGCAGACCCUGGUGGAUCCAGCCUCCCUGAGCCCGCUGACUACCUUCUGGCCCAAGACCUCUCCUGGGACCUGCUGGCCAGUGGCAUGGCUACCCUGCCAGGGACUCGGGAUGUAGACGGCCGGGCAGUGUUGCUUCUGUGUGCUCACAUCCACACCUGGCUUCAUCCCAAGGGCAGUGGCCAGGAGCUCCUCCGCCUGCUGCUCUACCUGCGAAGCAUCCCCAGGUUCCUCGAAGUGCAGGCCCUGGGACUGACUGUGCUCGUGGAUGCCCGGAUUUGUCCCCCGAGCUCUUCCCUCUUCUGGGGGCUCAGCCAACUGCAAGAGGCAGUCCCAGGGUCCGUGCACCAGGUGCUGCUGGUGGGAGAAAUGCCAGAGGAGGUGCCUUCCGGGCUGCAGCUAGAGCAAUUGUCCUCUCUUCAGAGCCUGCUGACCCACAUCUCCGCUUCCUGGUUACCCGCUUCCCUGGGAGGAGGCCUUCCUUACUGCCAUCAGGCCUGGCUGCACUUCCGGAUGCGUCUAGAAGCCCUACAGCAAAGCUGCCACGUGGUUUGUGCCCUGCUCCAGGGGGCCAUUGAUACUGUGAAGGCUCUGCCCCAGCCCGUGGACACUGGGGAAGUUGAUCAGCUGCUACAGCAGGCACAGGCCCUGAUGCAGCACGUGCUAGACUCACCACAGCUGGCAUGGCUACAAUGCCAGGGGAGCUUGGAGCUGGCCUGGCUGAAGCAGGAGGUCCCAGAAGUAACCCGGAGCCCAGACUACAGGCCAGCGGUGGACAAGGUUGAUGAGCUGUAUGGCCGCGUGGAUGGGCUGCUGCACCAACUGACCCUGCAGAGUAACUGUCGAGUACAGGCACUGGAGUUGAUUCAGACACUGAAGGCCCAGGAGGGCGGGCUGCACCAGAUUGAAGUGUGGCUACAGCAGGUGGGCUGGCCAGCACUGGAGAAGCCAAGGGAACCCUCGAUGGACACCCUGCUCCAGGCCCAAGGCCCUUUUCGGGAGCUGGAACGGGUUGCCCAGGAGCAGGUCAGGCAAGGGGAGAAGUUGCUGCAGCCACUGGCUGGCUGGGGAGCAGCGGAACUGGGUCCCCUUGGGGGCCGCUUUCUGGCCCUGCAAGCCCAGCUGACGGAAUUCUCUAGAGCUUUGGCCCAGCGGCGGCAGUGGCUGGCAGAUGCCGAGAGGCUGUCGUGCUUGUUCAAGCAGGCCUCAUCGUGGGCUGAGGAGGGGCAGCGGGUGCUGGCAGAGUUGGAGCAGGAGCGCCCAGGGGUUGUGCUGCAACGGCUGCAGCUGCACUGGACUAAACACCCUGACCUGCCUCCUGCCCACUUCCGAAAGAUGUGGGCGCUGGCCACGGGCCUGGGCUCUGAAGGCAUCCGCCAGCAGUGCCGCUGGGCCUGGGCACAGUGCCAGGACACCUGGCUGGCCCUGGACCAGAAGCUAGAGGCCGCACUGAAGCCACUCCCAAGGGGCAGCAGAGCCAGCCUGUGCGCCAGCCAGGCCCCAGUUGCGCCUGCCACCCCUCUGCUGAGGAAGGCGUACAGCCUGGAUCGGAGUCUGGGGCAGAGUCUCAGAGAGUCUGUCCAGCACUGCCACCAAGCGGCCGGUGUGGCUGGCUGUCACAGACCAGAGGCUGGUUCCCAGCCUGGGUUAUCCCCCACGGUGCUUCUGCCAGGCAGCUCUGAUCCCAGGAGUCCCAACAGGCUCCAGUUGGUGUUGGCAGAGAUGGUGGCUACAGAGCGGGAGUACGUCCGUGCCCUUGACUAUACCAUAGAGAACUACUUCCCUGAGCUGGAUCGCCCUGAUGUGCCCCAGGGCCUCCGUGGCCAGCGUGCCCACCUCUUCGGCAAUCUGGAAAAGCUGCAUGACUUCCACUGCCACUUCUUCCUGCGUGAGCUGGAGGCCUGCACGCAGCACCCACCCCGGGUGGCCUAUGCCUUCCUGCGCCACAGGGUGCAGUUCGGGAUGUAUGCGCUGUACAGCAAAAAUAAACCUCGCUCCGAUGCCCUCAUGGCUAGCUAUGGCCACUCCUUCUUCAAGGACAGGCAGCAAGCCCUGGGGGACCACCUGGACUUGGCCUCCUACCUGCUGAAGCCCAUCCAGCGCAUGAGCAAGUACGCGCUGCUGCUCCAGGAGCUGGCUCGGGCCUGCGGGGGGCCCAUGCAGGAGCUGAGUGCUCUGCAGGCUGCCCAGAGCCUGGUGCGCUUCCAGCUGCGACACGGCAAUGACCUGCUUGCCAUGGAUGCCAUCCAGGGCUGUGACGUGAACCUCAAAGAACAGGGGCAGCUGGUGCGACAAGAUGAGUUCACGGUGCGCACGGGGCGCCACAAGUCCCUGCGCCGAGUCUUCCUCUUCGAGGAGCUGCUGCUCUUCAGCAAGCCUCGCCGAGGACCCACAGGCAUCGACGUGUUUGCCUACAAGCGCUCCUUCAAGAUGGCGGACCUUGGCCUCACUGAGUGCUGUGGGGACAGCAACCUGCGCUUUGAGAUCUGGUUCCGCCGUCGCAAGGCCAGGGACACUUUUGUGCUGCAAGCUGCCAGCUUGGCCACCAAGCAGGCAUGGACGGCUGACAUCUCCCGCCUGCUGUGGAAGCAGGCUGUUCACAACAAGGAGGUGCGCAUGGCUGAGAUGGUGUCCAUGGGCGUGGGGAACAAGGCCUUCCGGGACAUCGCCCCCAACGAGGAAGCUAUUAGCGACCGCACCAUCAACUACGUUUUAAAGAACAGAGAAGUUCGUUCUCGGGCCUCCAUCGCUGUGGCCCCGUUCGACUGUGAGAGCCCCUACCUGGGGGCCUCGAGUCCCCUUCCUGCAGACCCUGCCUCUGGCUCAGUCCUAGGGUCCCUCAACCUGCACCUGUACAGAGACCCGACUCCUCAGGGCCUCCGCUGGCCCCUGUAUUCCACCAGCUUCCCAGAGGAAACGGCGCUGGAGGCUGAAGGGGAGCUGGGCAGCCAGCCGUCCUUGACUCCUGAGGACUCAGAGGUCUCAUCCCAGUGCCCAUCAGCUAGUGGCUCCAGUGGCUCUGACAGCAGCUGUGUGUCAGGGCAGGCUCUGGGCAGGGGCCUCGAGGACUUGUCUUACGUCUGA